GCUUUGGUGUGACACUCGGAAGUAGUGCCAGUACCACUUCAUCGUGGGAGCGAGUUUGAGUGAAGCAGUUGAAGAACGGUAGUGGUAGCUGUCGGUUGGGUUGCAGUUAUUAACAGGACGGCAGAUGGCUCUGAGUCUGUCAGUGAAUGUCUCCAGCCCUUGUUUAGGUGCAUUACUAACUGUGGAACACAUCAACAAUUCUGUCAGUGUACUGAUUGAAGCGGGUAAAGAGAACAUACUGCGAAUUUCUGAAGAUGUUGCCUUUAAUGAUGUGAAUUCCAUUGUCCGCUACCUGGCUCGGGUAGCUACAGAAAAUAAGCUCUAUGGCUCCAAUCUGCUAGAACGUACUGAGGUUGAUCACUGGUUGGAAUUUAGCAGCACAGGACUGGCAAGCUCUGCUCUGUUCCCUGCAGCAAUACAAGAGCUUGAUUGUGCACUUUCUCUCAGGACAUUCCUGGUUGGGCAUGAAUUGACACUGGCUGAUCUGUGUGUAUGGGCAGCAUUGAAAGAAAGUUGCUUUUGGGAAAAGCAGCUAAGUCAGAACAAGAUACCAGCUCAUGUUAAACGAUGGUACAAUUUCCUUGGCUCACAGGAUGCAUUUCAGUCUGUGUGUAAAAAAUGGGCAAUAGCAACUCCACAGAAUACAGUGAUGAAUGAGAAGAAACAGGAUCGUGGAAAAUUUGUUGAACUGCCCGGUGCAGAAAUCGGUAAAGUGGUAGUAAGAUUUCCACCUGAAGCCAGCGGUUAUUUACACAUUGGACAUGCCAAAGCUGCGCUUUUGAAUCAACAUUAUCAAGUGAGCUUUAAGGGGAAACUCAUCAUGAGGUUCGAUGAUACCAAUCCUGAAAAGGAAAAGGAAGACUUUGAGAAGGUUAUACUGGAAGAUGUUUCAAUGCUGGAGAUAAAACCUAACCAAUUCACCUACACCUCUGAUCAUUUUAAUAUUAUAAUGCAAUAUGCUGACAAAAUGAUUAGAGAUGGAAAAGCUUAUGCAGAUGACACGCCUCCAGAUCAAAUGAAACAAGAGCGUGAACAAAGGAUUGAGUCUAAACACAGGGCAAAUUCUGUACAGCAGAACCUGCAAAUAUGGGAAGAGAUGAAGACUGGAACAAAAUAUGGGCAAACCUGCUGUUUACGAGCAAAGAUUGACAUGGCAUCCAAUAAUGGUUGUCUUAGGGACCCCACGAUCUACCGAUGCAAGAACAUGCCACAUCCUCGCACUGGGCUCAAAUACAAAGUUUAUCCAACUUACGACUUUGCAUGCCCUAUAGUGGACAGCAUUGAAGGUGUCACACAUGCACUUAGGACAACAGAGUACCAUGACCGGGAUGAGCAAUAUUACUGGAUCAUUGAUGCCCUGGACAUUCGGAAACCUUAUAUUUGGGAGUACAGCCGCCUUAACCUAAAUAACACUGUACUAUCGAAGAGGAAGCUUACGUGGUUCGUUAAUGAAGGGCUUGUGGAUGGAUGGGAUGACCCUCGCUUUCCAACAGUACGUGGAGUCCUGCGGAGAGGGAUGACUGUUGAGGGAUUAAAACAGUUUAUUGCUGCUCAAGGUGGCUCAAGAUCUGUUGUGAACAUGGAGUGGGACAAACUCUGGGCUUUUAAUAAAAAGGUUAUUGAUCCGGUGGCACCUAGAUAUACAGCAUUAUUGCAGAAUGAUGUAGUGCCCGUGAAUGUGCCAGGGGCCAAGGAAGAGAUGAAAGAUGUGGCCAAGCAUCCCAAGAAUCCAGAUGUAGGGCUGAAACCUGUGUGGUACGGACCCAAAGUACUAAUUGAAGGAGCAGAUGCAGAAACUUUCACAGAGGGAGAAAUGGUUACUUUCAUCAAUUGGGGUAACAUUAACAUCACUAAAAUUAACAGAAAUUCCGGAGGAAAGAUUACAUCACUUGAGGCAACGUUAAAUCUAGAUAACAAGGAUUAUAAGAAGACAACAAAGAUAACAUGGUUAACUGAGAAUCCACAAGCUCCAUUGGUUCCCACAGUAUGUGUUUAUUAUGAACAUCUAAUCAGUAAACCUGUCAUUGGCAAGGAUGAAGAUUUCAAGGAACAUGUAAAUCGAAACAGCAAGCAAGAAGAGCUAAUGCUUGGCGACCCCUGUCUAAAAGACCUGAAAAAAGGAGAUAUCAUCCAACUACAAAGAAGAGGUUUCUUUAUCUGUGAUCAGCCAUAUGAACCAGUUAGUCCACAUAGUUGCAAAGAAUCUCCUUGUGUUCUGAUCUACAUCCCUGAUGGUCAUACCAAGGAAAUGCCGACCUCUGGUUCCAAGGAGAAGAGUAAACAUGAUGCAGUUAAAGUGGUUAAAGCUGACUCUGCAGCUACAACUGUAUCACCUCUUUCCCCUGCCUCAACAUGUGACGCUCUUGACCUUACUGCACUUUACAACAAAGUAGCUCAACAAGGUGAGGUUGUACGUGAAUUGAAGGCAAAGAAAGCAUCCAAAGAAGAGGUGGAUGCAGCAGUAAAAGGACUUUUGAGCUUGAAGGCAGAAUAUAAGCAGCAGAGUGGUAUUGAAUAUAAGCCUGGAAAGCCACCAGCAUCUACUGCUAGCCUUGUCCCUGUAUCCAAGACCUCAGACUCAACUGUUAGCAAAGUUCUGUAUGACAAGGUGUCUCAACAAGGAGAAGUAGUUCGAAAGCUCAAAGCAGAUAAAGCUCCCAAGGAUAAGAUAGAUGAAGCAGUAAAAACACUUCUAGCCUUAAAAGUAGAGUAUAAGCAGAAGACUGGUGAAGAGUACAAACCAGGGAAGCCAUCCGGCGCUGCAGUAGGGCCAGCAGUUCCAGCCAUUAUCCCCCCUAUAGAAGCAUCAGCACUUGAUGAGAGAGCACUACACAGCAAGGUGGCAGAACAAGGAGAAGUUGUUCGCAAACUUAAGGCAGAAAAAGUUUCUAAGGAGGUAAUAGGUGCUGCUGUGGCUGUGCUCCUUGAUUUGAAGGGGCAGUAUAAAGCUUUAACAGGAAUGGAAUAUAAGCCGGCUGCAGGCAGUGAUGAAGAGAACAAAAACAAAAAAGAGAAACAGAACAAAUCUGAGAAGCAGAAUAAGUCUGAAAAGCCUGAGGGGCAGAAGAAAGGGGCAGCAAAAGAACAGGAGAAGGGAUCAAACAAUGGAGGUGCCGGUGAAGGCCAGGGACCUAAGAAACAAACCCGAUUGGGCCUAGAAGCUAAAAAAGAAGAGAAUCUAGCAGAGUGGUAUUCACAAGUGAUUACGAAAUCCGAAUUGAUUGAAUAUUAUGAUGUCAGUGGUUGCUAUGUUCUCCGACCCUGGUCUUAUGCUAUCUGGGAAGCUAUCAAAGAGUUCUUUGACCAUGAGAUUAAGAAACUUGGUGUGGAGAACUGUUACUUCCCCAUGUUUGUGUCUCAGGCAGCCCUUGAGAAGGAAAAGUCACAUAUAGCAGAUUUUGCCCCUGAGGUUGCUUGGGUAACCAGAUCAGGAAACACCGAGUUAGCAGAACCGAUUGCUGUUCGACCAACAAGUGAAACAGUCAUGUACCCAACCUAUGCCAAAUGGGUGCAGUCACAUCGUGAUUUACCAAUCAAACUCAAUCAAUGGUGCAACGUAGUGCGUUGGGAAUUCAAGCACCCACAGCCAUUUCUACGUACUCGUGAGUUCUUAUGGCAGGAAGGGCAUACAGCAUUUGCUACCCGUGAGGAAGCUGCAGAAGAGGUUUUGCAAAUUCUGGAAUUGUAUGCACAAGUAUACGAGGAGCUACUUGCAAUCCCUGUAGUAAAAGGAAGAAAGACUGUAAAAGAAAAGUUUGCAGGUGGUGACUAUACAACUACAGUUGAAGCCUUUGUAUCAGCCAGUGGAAGAGGCAUCCAGGGAGCCACUUCACACCACUUAGGACAGAAUUUUUCUAAGAUGUUUGAGAUUGUGUUUGAAGAUCCAAAGAAACCUGGAGAGAAGCAGUUUGCAUACCAGAACUCCUGGGGACUUACAACUCGAACUAUUGGGGUUAUGACCAUGGUACAUGGUGAUAACCAAGGUUUGGUAUUGCCUCCACGAGUCGCUUGUGUGCAGGUUAUAAUAAUACCUUGUGGGAUCACAAACACUCUCUCAGAAGAGGACAAGGACUCUUUAUUAAAGAAGUGCAGUCAAUAUCUUGGCCGGCUGACUAAUGUUGGAAUUCGUGCUCGGGCUGACUUGAGGGAUAACUACUCGCCUGGCUGGAAGUUCAACCACUGGGAGUUAAAAGGUGUACCCAUCAGGCUGGAGGUUGGACCACGGGACAUGAAGAAUAAUCAAUUUGUGGCUGUCAGGCGUGACACUGCCAACAAACUUACAAUACCUGAGGCUGCUGCUGAGACAAAGCUGAAAAAUUUAUUGGAAGAAAUUCAAAACAACCUUUAUAAUAGAGCUGCUCGGGAUCUAAAGGAGCAUAUGGUUUUGGCUGACACAAUGGAACAAUUUCAACAGGAGUUAGAUUCAGGAAAGAUUGUGCAGAUUCCUUUUUGUGGUAAUAUGGAAUGUGAAGACUGGAUCAAGAAAAUGACAACAAGGGAUCAGGAUAUUGAGCCUGGUGCACCAUCCAUGGGAGCCAAGAGUCUUUGUAUCCCUUUCAAACCUCUUCGUGAGUUGCAGUCUGGAGCAGUAUGCAUCAGUGGCAAGGAGCCUGCCCAAUACUAUGUACUUUUUGGCCGCAGUUACUAGUGAAGAUACAAAGUGUGGGAAAAUCAUGUCUUUGACUAUACAUGUUUUUAUAAGACUAAUCAAUGAAGGUUACAUUCAUCUUUUUGUGUAUUUUUAUCCAGUUAUGAAAAAAUAAACUGUAUCAAUAACAAAAACAAAACUAGGGCUAUGGCUAUCAAAAAUAUGUCUGUUCCAGAUAUCCUACUUAAUAGUAAUAAACCUUUAAUGAAUA